UCUCUUCCUUGUGCAGGGCACUCCCUUGAUUCCUGCCAGCGCUGACGCCUGGAAAGGCUGGAGUGAAGAGUCUGAGACCACGGAGAGAGGGAGGACGUCCUGACUGGGGCCCCUACCCACACGGGGCGACCGGGGUCCCCAGGCCUGCGGGCCAUGGCGAACAGUGGCGGCUCCACCAGCAGCUCUGGCCCCUGGUGGAAAUCGCUAACCAGAAAAAAAAGCAAGGAAGUCACGGUGGGGGCGCAGUCUCAUGUUCAGCCAGAGGCCGAGGGUCAUGCACCGCCUUACUUGGAUCGGACUAGCAGCCCUAGAGAGAUCCAGCACUCCGACGUCCUUGGGGACACCAGAGAGCCCCCCAAGUCAGAUAAAUUGUGUGAGGAGAAACCGUGCAACAGCCGCCGCAAUUUGAAGAUCUCACGCUCAGGCCGAUUUAAGGAGAAGAGGAAAGUGCGUGCCACGCUGCUUCCAGAAGGAGACAGGUCCCCUGAGGAUGCCAACUUUCCAGAGGACCCCCAGGAGCACAAGUAACAGCCUGAGCAAGCUUCCAUGACUGUCUCUCUAAUACCCGGGCCCUGGUACUUGAUGUCUCACCAAGUUCAGAACAUUCAGGGGGCCAAGGCCUUCACGAUUUUUUUUUCUAGAAAGUGGUAUCAGCUGAGUCUUCAGUAUUCCUUGACGCAAAAGACAAGUAAGUAUUUGUGGGAAGGAUAGAUCUCUGCUUCUGAGGAAGUUGGCUUUUUAAAACGUCAUUCUGAGGCAUCACAAUGGAAAGGCACUAAGUAUGUAACCAUCUCUCUGACUUCCCAAAUGAAGCCGCGCUCUUACCUAGGACUCUGGAGAGCAAAUUAUAGUACUGUUUUUAAUGACUGAGAAAUGCACUUUAGGGUACUACCCUAGUUUUAUUCCUAUGUGAAGGGAUGGGAGAGGACACCCCCCCUCCACCGUUUAGAAGCAUCCAGAAGAUUGUUUUAAAUGAGGACUGCAAAGCUGUAUGCCUGUUUAUUGUGCACUAUUAAAAUUGUUGAAAUGUAA